AUGGCACGAGGAGAGAACUCAACGCAGCAGGCCGAUGGCCAGAAUGUCCGCACCCAGGGUGGCAAGGACAAGUCCGCCAACCCAAUGCGUGAGCUGCGCAUCCAGAAGCUCGUCCUGAACAUCUCUGUCGGCGAGUCUGGUGACAGACUUACCCGUGCCGCCAAGGUGCUCGAGCAGCUGUCUGGUCAGACUCCAGUCUACAGCAAGGCCCGCUACACCGUCCGGACCUUUGGUAUCCGUCGUAACGAGAAGAUCGCCGUCCACGUCACUGUCCGUGGCCCAAAGGCAGAGGAGAUUCUCGAGCGUGGCCUCAAGGUCAAGGAGUACGAGCUCCGCAAGCGCAACUUCUCUGAGACUGGCAACUUCGGUUUCGGUAUCUCUGAGCACAUCGAUCUCGGCAUCAAGUACGACCCAGCGAUCGGUAUCUACGGAAUGGACUUCUACUGCUGCAUGACCCGUCCAGGUGAGCGUGUCGCCAAGCGCCGUCGCUGCAAGUCCAGGAUCGGAGCCUCCCACCGUAUCGACCAGCAGGAAACCGUCAAGUGGUACAAGAACCGCUUCGAGGGUAUUGUCCGAUAG